AUGACUAAGCGCAUCCAGACUCUCAACCGCAAUGACUACUCACUGACUGUACGCUGGAUCUCAGGGCACAGUGGAGUACACGGCAAUGAGAAAGCAGAUGAAGAAGCCAAGAAAGCCGCGGAAAGCCCUACAUUCAAUAGCGCACUUGACCACCUACCAGAAUUCCUUCGUCAAGGCCUCCCCAGCAGUAUAUCCGCCAUCAAGCAAGCACACAAGGAAAGAACUAACGCCCACUGGACUCGUCUCUGGGAGAAGUCACCACAUUAUGCACGCAUGAAAGAAAUUGACCCAUCUUUAUUACAGUGUUCCUUUGUGAAAUUGGUGGAGAAGCUCCCCAAGAGACUAAUAGGCCUGUACAUGUACUUCCAGACACGCCAUAUCGCUCUUAAUCACCACCUUCACCGCAUCAAUCGCAGCGCCACUCCAUCCUGUCCCAUAUGUCCCGACACCCAUGAAACCAUUCAUCACUUCCUCUUCACAUGUCCCCAAUAUGACCGAGAACACCACAUCCUCACAUGCGCGCUUCGCAGGAAGGCCUCCUCAUUACCAUUCCUACUGGCAGAUCCCAAAGCUGUGGAGCACUUCCUCCGUUACAUCAAUAGCACAGGCAGACUCAAACCUACAUUUGGUGACAUUUCUCUUCCACCGCCUCGCGAAUAG